AUGAACAAAAUGAGGGGGAGAAGAUUUGCAAAAGUAUCACGAAAAAUUCUUAUAAUACCAGUUCUAUAUACUUUUCUCUUCUUUGUUCUUGCUACUCCUACCUCCUAUGCAGGCGCUAUAAACAAAAGAGUUUUCUUGAGUCCAACAAUGUUUAAUCAUUCGGGAUUUAUAGAAGAUCACGUAGUUGAAUAUAUACAUUAUAACGAAAGCUUCAAAAUUCCACGCAAAGAUAUCCUCUUCGUACUUAAUGAUGGUGUUGAUCAAGUAAAUUACAAAUUAAACAUAUCAAACCAAGUUCAUCAUGCAAAUUCAAUAGUUGCAACAAUUGUUCAUUUACGAGAUUGUUAUGUUUCUCCAUCAACAUUUGUUGCAACCUUGGAUUCUCUUAUGUACAGACCACCAGCAGCCUGGUACAUUAAAUCUCUUUUUGAUUUCUACCCAGGAAAGGUUGUUGGAUCAUAUGACAGUGUUAUUGCUCUUGGUCAUUUAUACGUAUAUAGUUUUGGUCAUUUCGUUAAUGACGUUCUUGCACCAUUAAUUCUGAUACCCAAAGAAGUUCGUGAUAAAUCGUAUAUACUUUGUUUCACUUCUUAUUUCCUUGCAAGAAAAUUCUUACCCGCUUUUGGACUUGAGAAGCGAUUUCUCAAAUUAAACAGAUAUCAAUGGGUUUAUGCCAACCAUGUUUACGUGGCAGACAAUCCGAGAACACAUGUCUCUCAUUAUGGGCCAGCAUUUAAAAACUUAAGUAUUUUGUUCAAAGAAAAAUACAAUCUAAUGGAUGUCAAACCAGACAGAUAUAUUUUGUCCAACAGAAAAGGAAAAAUCAGGAGAGUUCCUAAUUUCAAAGAAGUUGUCAAAACAGUAAAGACUCUCUUCCCUCAGUACAACUGGGAAGCAUUCAUUGACAAUGCUAACUCCAUAUCCACCAUCUGCAAGACCUGGGGACGAGCCCAAGUUUUGUAUCUCGUUACAGGAAGUAACGUUUUCAAAUGUUUCUUCCUGCCUCAGUCAUGUAUGGUCAUAAUUCUCUUCGGAAAAGUUUAUGAUAACUCAACGCUCUUUGCCCUCGGAUCUCUCAAUAUCCACACUUGUCUCGUGAUUGAGCCACAGAUCAACCACGCGGUCUACCCAACUACUGAGCCAAUGAGCUUGAAGAAGACUGAAGACGCUUUCAAAGCUGUUAUAUAUUAUCUCGAACACAAAGAGUGGCCUAAAGUUGAUUAUGGAAAAGUUGUUAUUUGA